AUGUUGCGCCUACCGAGGGGUGGAAGGGUUCAUUAUGGAGCUAGAUAUUUGUAUAAUGGCGAUCUUCUUAACACGACUCUAAAUGAUCUGGAAGUGUUUCAAGUUCAGGGCGAUGCUGAUCUCAGUGGAACAGUCGUGACAUCAUCCAAACCUGUUGCUGUGUUUUCUGGGGAUGACUGUACUGUGGUGCCAGCUAACACACCCCCGUGUAAUCACCUUGUAGAGCAAAUCCCUCCGGUAAGCUUUUGGGGUAAGGAGUUUAUUACCAACCCUACCCCUGACCAUCUUGGUGGAGAUGAAUUUCAUAUCAUUGCAUCAAAAGAUACCACAGACGUUAACGUGGACAGGCAGAGAAAAGGGACACUUAACAAGGGGGAUAAAUACAAGAUUUCUAUACCUUGGAAUAAGACUUCGCUGAUAACCACGUCUAAUCCUAGUCUUGUUGUGCAAUACACCAGUGGACUCGGCAGGCCUUCAAUGAGUAUUGUACCUCCAAAACAGUGGGCCUGGAAUGACUACUCUUUUUACGUUCCAAGCGAUGGCGUCUUCUUCAUAAAUGUCAACAUUGAUACAAGUUCAGUCGCUGGUCUACGAGUGAAGGGUCCAUUGUGCAGCCGUGUGCCUUCAAAAUGGAAGACUCUUCCAGGAGGACAGAUAUCUCAAGGUGUGCUUAAUUUAAGAAAAAGUCGACUUUACCAUAUUUAUCAUGACAACCCCCUUACAAGCUUUACAGCCGUUGUGUAUGGAAUUACUUUUCAAAAGAUGUUUUCAUUUCCAGCUGGCUUAAGGUGGGAGUCACCCUUUGACUCGAGGUGUUUACAAACACCGACACGAGGAGGAGACAAAAUUGAUAAUGACUGCGAUGGUACUACUGAUGAAGAAUUAGGCAAUGGUAAAGACGAUGACAACGAUGGUCGAAUUGACGAAGACCUGGUUUUAACACCUCCAAAUAUUACAUUUCCAAAGAACUACCUUUCCCCACCCCUGCUGUCAUGCGAUCUAUCCUCAGAUACAGCGGAUCCAGAAAAAGAGGGGUUUUCCCCAAAGGUGGAUGUUUAUUCGACUCAAGGGCUUUGUUUAGUUCGUGGAUAUACCACCAAUUACCAUCGCGACUUGGCUGUAGGUUUUGAUUUUUGCUAUCGUGAAUUUGACCGUGUGUGGACCUUUCAAGACGCAUGUGGUGGUAAUGAAAUUAAGCAUACACAACACAUAAAGAUCAGUACCCUAAGCGAUCCAAUACUCUCCUUUCCAUCUGAUGUAACCCUCUUCUGUCGAGACAAUAUCUACCUUCAACCACAAUUUACAGGUGAAGUUUCAACCAGGAGUCCAUUUCCUAAGACAUGCAACAUUAGCAGGAAUGUCAGUAUCACUCACAAUGAUACCUAUUAUGGUGAAUGUUUCAGUAAAGAGGCAAGGCUAGAGCGAGUAUGGACUGUGGAAGAUAGGUGUCGCAGCGACAUUAUAAAAACUCAAAUAAUCAAGUUGGUACCUAAAGGUUAGUUCCAAGGUGUAGGAAAAAGGACAGUUAAGCGAUGACGCGCCCGAUCAAUAAGCUCAUCAAUAGUUAAUUCUAAAUCUAACUCACAUGACUUAAACGAGAAUCAUUGCGGUACCUACCCUGUGCACCAGAGAUUUUUUCUCGCUUGUGGAAGAAUUUGCCAGUUCCACGGGGGCCGCAGACUGAUACAUUGACCGAAGCCACGAGCGACGAAUCUUAAGUUUCGCGAGCGCGUCACUAUAAAGACUUUGAACGGAAUCGGAAAACUCCGAAAUUUUUCUGGCACCCAUGGUAUGUGGCAUCAAGAACUAACUGAGAUGAUUUUAUGGUUCAACAGAAAAGAAGUGCGAUUAUCUGUUUCCAGGAAAGUGAUUUCUUCUCAGAAGCAGUUGCUAUGAGGUAUUAAAGAAUACUGAGACAACACUGUAUAAGUCGUCAGAAAACAACGUAAUUUUAAUAAGGCUGUUAUUUCUAAAUUGUUUGCCUUCUCUUGCAGGAUCAAAAAGGACUGCAAACUAUGUGACGAAAUUCAGCGUAACUAGCGUUAAUUUUUCGGCUGAACUUGGAGAUGAAACAUCACCAUCCUUUAAAGAAAUUGCUACUUCUCUAGAAAACAAGGUAGAACGGCCUGAAUGUCAUGUCAGGUCGUGUAAUUCUUUUUGGUACCACCACUACGCAACUUGCCCUGGCUGUCAAUAAAUCCCCUGCGGUUUAUAUUUUGUCACCUGCGCUCGACGGACUUUGAAGAGAAAAAAGAGGGUCUAGCCUGUGAAGAGGCUAUGCCCAGGCGUCAACGUAUCGUAAAGCAAUGUUUACAUAAUAAAUCCGAUAGUCAUGGGGUUCCAGAUAUAAAUUUGUUUGAUUUUAAUGUUUCUCCUGGUCGAUUAUGGUAACGUUUUGUGUUCACUCACGAACGAGUACCUGUUUUGAAGUAGAUUCAUCACUUUUACGACCCUAUUCAGUACAUUUGACCUUAUAUUCUUUUUUCAUUCUUUGUAGAUGGAGAAGGCACUACAGUAUUCAAAAUUAGGCAAUUUUUUCGUAGAAGCAAAGGUUAUAACAUUUAGGUAGGUUUGGAGGAACUCAAAUUAUAUCGACCGGAUUAUAGGUCACGCUUAAAGGGGGUCACGUGCCAUGUAGCUCAGUGGUGAUCAUGAUAAUGAUGAUGUUGACGAUGAGACGAUGAUGACAAAGAGGUGUCAUGGGUAGCGGUUUUAGGACUUUUUCACCUUUUUUGCUACCAAAAGUUUCCUUUGUAUAGUAAAUGCCUCUCAUGCAACUAAUAUGUAUUAUUUUAUUUUGUAUUCUGUAGUAAAGGCAGCCUUGUUACCAGCAUGCUCAUUAAAGUAGACAUGCAGGCGCAAUUUGAUCAGCAGAGCCUUUUUGACAUCAUGAAUGACACUCUGGGCAGUGGAACAUUGGGACAAUAUCAAGUGGAUCCAAGGUCAAUUGCUCUAAAAGGUGAAUUCUCCCUAAUUAGCCUGUUUUUACCUUUAGGAGGCAGCAUGGCCGAGUGGUUAGAGCGCUGAACUUGCAAGUCAGAGGCCCCGAGUUCAAGUCCCGCUGUGACCGCUAGCUGGAUUUGUUCAGGGUAAUCCCGAGUUCAAAUCGCCGCCCAUUCUUCUAAAUAACCAUCUUGUUUGCCUCAGGUCAAGUUGGGAUUCUUAACCCUGUUACAUUUGAAUUAGUUUAUUUGUUUCAGGCAUUUGCUCGGCUCCACUGAGCGAUUAGUGCUAUAAAUACUGCCGAGGGUGAAUUAUUAUUAUUAUUAUUAUUAUUAUUAUUAUUAUUAUUAUUAUUAUUAUUAUUAUUAUUAUUAUUAUCGUCAUCAUCAUCAUCAUCAAUAUUAUUAUUUUUUGACCGAGAGGGAAAGUAUAUCAGAUGAUAUCACAUCCUCUUUCCACUAUACUCUAUAUCGCAUCUUAGCUUCUAUCGUUAUUUUUGACACGCUUAACCAACAUUUGUCAUUUCCCUGUAUACAAAAACAGACUUUGAUGAAUGUAAAGAUCAGGACCUGAAUAAAUGCCACGAGAAAGCAAAAUGUACCAACACCGGCGGUUCGUACAAUUGCACCUGUAUCGAUGGUUACGUUGGAGAUGGCUUUCUUUGUCAAGGUAAUGGUUGCUUUUUUUGUUGUCUACUUUAUAACUAUCUAUAUGAUGGUAAAUUAAGUCGUUUUUCCAGAACUCAACAAAGCUUUUCUUACUUCUUCCUCCAGCUCCACCGUCCAUUUACUACGCUGAUCCACCAAAAGUGUCUGUUACCAAAAAAACCGUAAAACUUACGUGCAAUGCAAGUGGUUUGCCUGAGCCGACGUUUUCGUGGAUUACACCUGACGGAACCCUGGUAAAUUCCACGGUAUCAGAUCCGAAUUUAGAACACCUUGAAGACAAUAGUAGAGAUAUAACUAGGAAUAUGCUCCAGAACGACGGUUCCCUCUUGAUUUUCUACACCCGUGUGGCCGACCAAGGCAUGUACAAGUGUAUCGCGACUAAUAUCUUGGGACAUGAUGUAGGAAAGGUUAAUCUUACAGUGAGAGAAGGUGAGAUAUCCCUUCGGGGGGAGUUGGUGGGGAAGGAAGGUUCGCCCCAUGUAAGGUAA